GGAAAAAAGGAGGACUACGCAGGCUCAUCUUCUAUAAGAUUGUCUGAGCUUGUCGCAGUAUUUGGCUCCCUUUAGAUGGAGCAAAACUGCACAAACUGGAAAACGCACAGUAGGGAUUUAAACUACAAACCAAACACAGUGAAUGAGAUUUGUCAAAUUUUCCCGCUGAUUUCGCUGAUCAUUUCCAGUUCGGAGCUUUAAAUAAACUCCCAGCCGUCCAGCCUCCUUUAAGUUUUUGCAUGUGAUGGUUUACAUAUCUGUCUUGAGUGUGAAAUGUUUGCCCUGCGACUGCGGCAGCUUUAAACCCAACCACCCCGCCCCUCCGCACUAUCACAUGAAUCUGGACUGAGCGGUGGAUGGGAAAAAGUUUAGAGGUCUCGGUGAAAUCGCUCUUCCCCGGCCAGUUUGCUGUGUGCGCGCCCUGCCUCGCCUAUUAAAGGAUUUUUACUCCACCGUUUGUGUCGAAGGAAACGCAGUCGGCUUGAGUGUUUUCCAGACUGGGAUUUCUUUUUUUCUCCCUGUAGGAAUACACAGCGGAGGAGGAGGAGGGGGGACGCUCUGGCUGCUUGAAGAUCCGUUUCGAUUCCAAACUUUGGGAGACAUGGACGCGCACCGCGGCGCGCCUCCGGCGGGGCAGCAGGUCGUGCACGUCCGCGGGGACUCCAAGACGGAGCUGGAGGCCCUCUUCAACGCCGUGAUGAACCCCAGCAGUGCGGUCAGGCAGCCCCAAUCGCUGCCUAUGAGGAUGAGGAAAUUGCCGAACUCCUUCUUCAACCCGCCGGAUCCCAGGGGCCACUCAAGACAAGCCAGUUCAGAUGGAGGCAUGUGCGGCUCCCUUGCUCCUCAUCACGUCCGUGCUCAUUCCUCCCCCGCCUCCCUCCCAGUCAACUCCCUCUCCGCUCAAGCAGAUGCAGAUGCAGCAGCCACACCGGUCAUACCCGAUGACGUGCCACUCCCCGACGGUUGGGAGAUGGCCAAGACGCCCACUGGCCAACGGUACUUCAUCAACCACGUGCACAAGACGACCACAUGGCAGGACCCCCGCCUCUCGCAGCUUCAGUCUGCUGCAGCCCAGCAUCAGAUCGCCUGCACCCCGAUCCACGCCCACUCCUUCAGCAACCCAGCGCCCACUACGCAACCAAAAAAUAUUAUUUCUGAGACAGGUCCACUGCCUGAAGGCUGGGAGCAGGCUGUGACUGCAGAUGGAGAGAUGUACUACAUUGAUCACAUAAAUAAGACCACCACAUGGGACGACCCGCGUCUAGCCCAGAAGGUGAACCCUGCCAUCCUUGGUUUGGCAAUGCAGCAAAGGCAGGAAAAGCUCCGACUGAAGCAAGGCAUCCCUCCACAAUUUGCAGCUCAGGAGGCGGGGGGCAGCAACCAGAUGCCCGGAGGAAUGGACCAUGACAGGAGCGCACAAAUGCUUGUGCAGUCAGUGGAUGUCAGAAUCAGGGCUCUAAACCAAGAACCUAACCUUAAUGGGGCUCACUCUCGUAAUGAAAGCACCGACAGUGGUCUGAGCGUCAGCAGCCUACCGCGCACGUCGGACCACAUGUUGAGCUCUGUGGAUCAUAUGGACACUGGUGACUCUAGUGAGCCCCCUUCAAUGAGCCUGCAGGAGUCGAUGCCUGUGCUCCCAAUAAAUGAUGACCUGAUGCCGGGCCUCCCUGACGGUUUGACUUCAGACAUCUUGAUGGACAUGGACUCGGUUCUCUCCGGGCCGCAUAUAGACAGGGACAGCCUACUCACCUGGCUAUAGACGCAAGCAGCCGCCGCCCGGUCGAGUGUGGUUUGAAAUCAGGCUUUUGUAGCAUGACUGAGAAUUCUGGAAAAUUUGAUUUGGAUUUAAAAGUGGUACAGAACAGCUACACAGAGAGAAUGUGCUACAGAAAUGUGACGGAUAUCUAACACUACUCACUCCCUGACGCGUGAAAAAACAAAUGACUCUCACAGAAGCAGUUGGCUUUCUCUUUUUGGGUCUGGUUUUUUGCAACUGCUCCACUCCUUUUCAUCUCGGUCCUCCGAUGAUUGUUAUGUCCAUCCAAAAACUCCCACCUGGAAUUACUUUUAAUCACGGUCAAAUCUAGAUAAGCUUUUUUGGGCCAGAAACUUGAACACAAAAAGUCUGUUAAAAUAGAAUUAAUGUAACAUAAAGAUUUUAUUUAAGAAAAAAAAAAUCUUUAGAUAGGACUCCUCAAUCAGCCAAGUGACCUAUGGAAAUUAAAAGUAACAUCUCAUGCUACUUUCUCUGAGUCGUUAGUACCUUGUGAUUUUAAUCAAAUACUCAGAGUUGUAAAAAUACUUUUAACAACAUUUUAGCUUAAGGCGAGCACAGAAUCAAAGGAUUUUUCUAGCUAAAAACUACAAUAGUUACACAAUCUCAGCGCCUCUCUUAUUAAAAUGGAGGAAAAGGCCCCCCCCUGUGGCGAGUCAGAAAAGAACGCUAAAACUUUAUCAGUUAUAAAAAGGAGAAAAGACUCUUAAGAUCCGUCUGUCUGAAUCAACAAAUCAGGCUUUUCCUAAAUAAUACUUCCAAUAUAUUAGUUCUGAACACUAAGCAUGACUUUUAAGACUUCGAUAUACAAAGAAUGUCCUUGUGAAAUAAACACAUGAUCAGGGUGGAGUCCAAUAAAAUGUAGGUUUUCCCCACAAAACUGUUAAGGAUAGAUGACUCUUCAGUUUUUGUUUUCUAUAGCUGUUUUUAAUCUUUAGCCCUUCUUUUCUCAAGAAAGAUGCAACAACCUUGCUGAAAAAACAAUCAUCUAUAGAGCUACCAAUAUUUGGGUAAUUUGAAUAUGCUUUUAAUAUUGUUUUAGUAUAUUAAAAUACUUUUUAUUACAUAAUUUUAACCCAUGCCAGCACUGAACAUGAGCUAUGCAGGUGCAGUAUUUCUUAUGGAUUUCUAAUGAACUCCACUGUGCUGGAUGGUUAUUUCAGUCUCAUUCUGCCGACCUCUUCUUUAGGAAAAGAUGCUCUCUACUCGCAAUCUGACCUUGGAAAUGUGUGGGGGGUUUCUAAGAGUCCUUUACCUGAAAGGAAAAAUGUUCAGUCUUCAAGUGUAAGAUUUUCAUUUUUAUCAUUUUUAUUCCAUAACUCCUUUUUGCAAUACUGGAUUGAAGCAUUCCUAGUAUUCCUCAUAUGUCACGUGUGCUGGUCUUUAUCCCUUCAGUGGUUCAUUAUGAAAGACACUCAAAUAGUGGCAGCCUCUGUUUUAGCUCAUCAGCUGUCAAUCGUGUAAAAUUCUGAGUUCACGCGGUGUAGAUUCAGCUUUCUUUCCAUUUCAGCCAUCAUUUUUUUAUUUAUUUCUGAAAAUCUGUUGCAUAUACUGAAUGUUUCUUGAUCCAAUAUUCCACUUUUUACCAAGAUGUCAAGGCAGUGAAACAUGUCAGUGUGCAAAGCAUCACAAGGUGAUCUAAAAAAGUUAUCUGUGGAACGAAAUGUCUAACCUCUCAAACUAGCAGACUUCAAAUCCAAAACCACCAUAACAUUUUUUUGAUUUAGCUCUGAAUAUUGAUCUAGGGAUUGUUCGUAUGACUGUUGUUCAUGUAAAUAAAUUUAGAAUUAAAUGACCCUUUAAAACAGUUUUUAAGCAUUAUUACUGAGUUGAUGCUGAACAUUUUUGCCAUUGAAUCUUCUAUCUGGUGUACGGUUUUGAGGUUUCAAACUAGUCAUACAAGCUUAUAGUGCAGAUAAAAUUACUCCUUUAAAGAUGUCCUCAACAGGAUACAGCCAUUUGGUUUGAUCUCAAGUGUGACUGCAAUUGAUUUUUUUUUUUUUUUUACCUAAUUUAAAACAUGAUAUAAUCAAUUUUGGUGUUUUCCACCUUCAAUUCUUACUCUUCAGCUUAUAUCAAUCCAGACAACUUAAUUUCCCACAUGCAACAGAAGUUUACUCAUCCUGCUAAUAAAUUUGUUUUAGUUUUAAACUAUAUGGACACCCAAAAUAAGUUGGGUUUCCUAUCAAAGACGACAUACCAAUUGUAAAUGCUGCAUUUUUAGAAUAUUUUAUUCCAACUGCAAACAUCAGGAACAGGCAACAGUAUAUGGGUGUUUUUUUAUUUACUUUGUUAAGUUAAAUGAUAUAAUCUGUUUUUAUCCUUUUUGUUGUUUCUGCAGUGUGUUUAGAGCUGAUCUGAGUAUUAAGCUAUGAAUUACCUAAUCAGAACAUCACUCCUAACUGACUUCUUUGUUUUAUGUAUAUGCAGUACUAUAACUAAAGACUUCAUUCUGAAAAUCCCACAAAAAGAGACCGGUUAUUUUAGUAGCCUUCAUUUAAAGUGCCAAACAGCUUCGCUCAUACACAUCAUGAAACACACUACCAAGUCUAAUAUUUAUCUUGGCAUGCAUGACAUUUGCUAUGUGCUGUAUGUUGCAUAUAAUGACAUUUAAUAUACUAUUUACAAAGAGUUUUGAGGUUUUCAGACUUGUUUUUUUUUUUUACCUGUUUAUGCAUGAUUAAUAUAAUUAUAAUCAAUUUAAAGAGGUUUCUGUUUAAUAAACUUUUAAAUUACACCUUGA